CAUUUUUACAAAAAUAAUCAGUUCUUCACCUUCUUGGUCUGCUUUCUUGGCCUGCGCACGUGCCCCUGUUCAUGCAAAAAAAAAGACUGUCAAUUUUAUAGAAUGGUCGCGAUAUCCAGUGCCGGAUCUACACAUAAGCUAGAUAAACUACAGCUUAGGGGCCUCACAUUAUAAGGGGGCCUCUUUAGUAUAGAAAAGAUUUUAAAAAAUGUAUUUUUUGUUAAUAAGAGAGGGCCUCCUUAAGAUCAUAGCUUAGGGGCCACAAAAUCGUACAUUCGGCCCUGGCGAUAUCCUUCAGCGACGAUGUACUCAGGCUUUACAUGAAUAAGAUGGUGGAGAGAGUCUUCCAGUAUCGAAAAGUACUAACUCCAUCAUGGAUCGUCCAAGAAUGUCAGGAGUCGCAGGAGCAGGCGCUACAGCUCAUGGAUGCAUUCGUCACAAAAUACGAGCAGAACGUUUGCGUCGUACGAGCACUAUUUGGCCAUAAGAGGGACCACGGUCUACGACGCAUAACUUACGUCAAGGAACAGGAGACAGACAUCAAAGAGCUAUUGGACCAAGUCGUGAUAGAAAAGACCGUAGCCAUUUUUCUGAUGAACGACGAGAACAUUCAUUAUAUAAACGACAUAGAUUUUCUACAAAUGGAGGACGAUGAAGAACGACUGGAAAUCAUAUGCUCGUACUGCUGGAAUAGUAAAAUAGUCUAUCAACGGGAGAGGUUCGAGAAGAACAUGUUUGAAGAAAAAGAUUAACCUGUCACAUGUACAUCGUGAUUUGUCGUGAGGUAAUGGAGUAUGUAUUUACGUGACAUGGGAUCCUGUGACCUGAUUAAACGUAUAUCUCAUUGAUCCGGAGGGCUACUCAGGAUUAUAUGGAUUACCUAUAGAAUGAUCUCGAGGAACAUUUGUGUGACCUGGUAUAGGAGUGGACGACUACUUUAUGUCAAUGGAUUGAUCUGUGAUAUAUACUAUCAAGUGUGAUGAAUGUACUUGGUUUUCGUAUGUUGGUAUGAAAAAGUGUGUACUUUCUCACAUACAUAUUGUUUCGCGCAAGAUAAUGUAGCUUGUGACAGUUUAUACUUUGAUGUCGCAUUAUAGUUUAUGAAAUAUAUACUUAAUUGAUUUUUCAUAUAUAUUUAUAGUAAUUUGGAUUAUUUUGUCACUCGAUGAUCUAUUUAAUUGAUGAUUUUUCGAUUAUUUUGUUAAUAUUUUUUAAGCUGUCCGUUAUAAGAUAAAUCUUGUAACUUGAACACUCGUGUGUGGAAUAUUAUGACUGAUAUGAGCAGUUAUGCUUUAUUAAUGAGAGUUCUUUCUAUUGAGUGACAUAAUAUACAUUGAGUGAAUGAAUUUUUAUU